ACACUGUCACGUGGUCAGGAGAAACAGAAAGCGAGUCGCAGUUUCGUAGUUCAAAACAAACCACUUCCCUGGUGUUGUCCUGUAACGAGCGCGUUUGUUCUCUGAAUAUUAAUAUUUACGAUCGAGAUGAGGACCUAAAGCCCCUCUAAACGAGGCACUGUAAGCCUUCUAAACUCCGAGCUGUGGUUAGCUUAGCAUCGAGCGGGGCUCCAUGGACUCCCCAGCGGGAUGUGGGGUCCGCUCGCUCGGCCCAGGUGACGCUGCCGUCCCCGGGCCGCAACCCGCGGGACGGCCGCCUCUUCGGCCGUACCACCUGCACGGCUCCCCGGGGAGCGUGACGGUGGAGUCGGUGGACGACGCGGAAGGUCUCUCCGUGGCCGUGGAGCGCUGUCCUCUCUGUGGCUCCGCUCGGAGGAAGCUCACCUGUAGCCGCUGCGUUCAGUCCGGGGACUUCGUGUACAUCGACGGGAGGAACCCUGAACGAUACAUAGAGAAGCUGGAGCGACUGACAGCGCUUAAAGAAGAGAAGGACCAGCUGCAGAAGAGUGUGAUCGCAGCGAUGGAGCCCACCCUGCAGGCCGACCAGAUGAAAUGGAAGAUCAUGGCGUGUAAGAUGAAGAUCGAGCAGCUGAAGGAGGCGGUUGCCUGGGGCAACGAGGAGGUCUGCAGCGGUAAGGAGCUGCUCCUUCGCUCCCAGGAGGAGAGCGGCAGGCUGCAGCGGCGGGCGAGCCGGCACCAGGAGAAGCGGGACAAGAUGGAGCGCCACACGCGGCGGCUGGCGGAGCUCCUGGAGCGCCGCGGCCGCGAGCUGGGGCAGCGCCUGGAGAGCCUGGCCCAGGUCCGCCGCGAGCAGGUCCUGGACCUCACCGCCCACGUGUUCCCCACGCGGGAGGACAAGCUGCCCAGCAGCAGGGACCCGGCGGACGUGGCCCUGGAGAGCGAGCCGGCGCUGCCGUCCAGCACGGUGAGCGAGCUGGCGGAGGCGCGGCGCACCACCUACCUGUCGGGACGCUGGGUGUGGGACGACCACAACGGGGACACCAGCAUCAGCAUCACCGGGCCCCACGUCACGCUGCCUAGCAACGGGGACUGCUCCGCCUACUACAGCUGGGCCGAGGAGAAGGGCGCCAGCCAGGGGCCGGAGCUGGAGCACAUAAGCCCCGCCCACACCAUUAGCGCAGCGCUGUGCUACGCCACCCAGCUAGCUAACAUCCUGUCUCACAUCCUGGACAUCAACCUGCCCAAGAAGCUCUGCAACAGUGAGUUCUGUGGGGAGAAUCUGAGCCGGUACCGCUUCACCCGGGCCCUCGCCAAACUCAACACCAACAUCCUGUUCCUGUCCUUCUCCCAGCACGUCGACAGUGAGAAGCUCCACCCUCACCACACCCUGAGGAACGUCAUGUUCCUGGUCUCCCCCGACAACAAGAAACUGGGCAGGACGGGGCCGUUCGAGGUGGCCGUGGACCUGGAGGAGUCCAUGGAGUUCGUGGAGCCGGAGGCGGACGGGCCGGCGGAGGAGAGCGCCGAGGAGGGGGUCACCGACGACGAGACGGACCUGGGGGUGGACUGGGAGACGGUGCCCAGCCCCCGCUUCUGCGACAUCCCCUCCCAGCCCAUGGAGAUGUCCCAGAGCGCUGCCCUCCAGCUCUCCCAGCCCGCGGCCCCCGGGGGAAUGAUCUCCUCCGCCGCCGCCUCCGUCACCUCCUGGUUCAGAGCCUACACGGGCCAGCGCUGACCACCUCCGCAAACCUCCUCCUGGUCUAGACCCUACACCACCUCCUGGUCUAGACCCUCCACCUCCUCCUGGUCCAGACCCUCCACCUCCUCCUGGUCCAGACCCUCCACCUCCUCCUGGUCCAGACCCUCCUCCUGGUCCAGACCCUCCACCACCUCCUGGUCCAGACUCUGCACCACCUGGUUCAGGGCCAGCCCCCCUAAGGAGAACCUCGUGGUCCAGAGCUGAACCAGUACCGGGCUGCAGAUGAUGUUCACCUGCACUUGAAGAAUGUGUCUUCGUCUUCUUCUGAUUGGUCCGUCAGCAUGAUGACAUCACGUCCUGGUCCAACCCUGGACGGGUUCCAGGAGGACCUACAGGUCGACACGUGUCCCUUCGUCUGCCUAGAGGUCUCUGUAUGCCCGCUGAGCGUGAGUGGGUGGUGGUGGUGUUUCUCCUCUGAGCUCUGGAGGAACCAGCCGCAGAAACGCUCAUGUUCUCAUCAAAACCCUGAUUUAAAACCCAUUCAGCUGAAAACGGUCACCUCCUUCCACACUCUGAAGAGUGGCUGCUGGGCUGGACUUAAGUACGGUAUCAUCUGUGACGUUAUGAAAAUACAAUCCUUUGUGUAUUAAAAAUAAAUAAAAAGAUGCCACAAAUGACCACAACACCUAGCUUGAUGUGAUACACUGACCCGGGGUCUGAAGGAGCAGAGAUUUAGGGAAAUAUUGAGUCCAAACCAGGGAUGGAAGACGGGCGGCCACAUCCUCACUCAGACUGGCCCACACAUAAUUAAAAAAUAUAUUUUUUAUUAUUUUAUUUUUUUCGAGUUACAGAAAACUCGGUCAAGAAAGAGGAAGCUGAGUAACUGUUCAUGGAAUUCAAAGGCAAACCCAUGUGUCUAGUUUGAUGUAUGUGAGCCCUUUGCAUUGAUAAAAAUACUAAUCGUUCAUGUGGCUGUUUAAGCAUGGAAAACAUGAAAUUAGUGUAUGUUGGUUCAAUUCAAUCAAUUCAAUCAUACCGUGCAUAGGUUAUGAAUCUGGAUGAUUUUUUUAGGUAGUGGCCAUCCCCAAAAUGCAACAAGAAUACAGGAAAUCCUAUCUACCAAAUUCAUUCAAUUUUGUAGCUUCUCUCAGCUUACGUUUAUUUGAAGUGCGCAGUCAUGUGGCCCUCUUUAUCAUGAAAGUUGCCAAUCCCUGGUCUAAACUGAGAACAUAAUGGGAAUAGAACAAUUCUUUAAAGGUGACAUAUUAUACCACCAAUUACAAUUAGGGCAAUUAGCAGAAGCGUUUAUCCAUAGUGACUCACAUCGGUUAAUACAAACAUUGACUCCGAAGGCAGAGUCAACCAUGCAAGGCGACAGCCAGCUCGUCAGGAGCAGUUAGGGUUAAGUGUCUUGCUCAGGGACACAUCAACACUCAACUAGGAGGGGGACCGAACUAGCAACCCUUGACAACUGCUCUACCUCCUGAGCUAAGCUGUUCCCCCCUGCCACCAGGUGUGAGUUAUUAGUCAUUACAAGCCGUUUUCAAAAUCUUCUGACAUCUUGCGUGGCCACCUAGAUGUGUGCUGGGUAGAUGAGCAACAUUUGCUAAAGUCCACCGGGUAGGCUGAUAGACUGAUCUAUCAGUCUAACAAACAUCUAGGCAGACACGCCCACUUGUGAUGUCAGAAGAGGCCAAUUUUCAAAACGGCUGGUAACGGCUAAUCACUCACACCUGGUGGUAUAAUAUGUCACCUUUAAAUUAAACGCAACAUACCCUCAGCUUGUCAUGAGGGGACUUUAACCGUGAUCUCUAGUGAUCUGGGGUCUCAUUUAUAAAACUGUGCGACGCGUGGGUGUGGGUGUGCGUGUGUGUGUUUCUAUUCUAUUCUAUUCUAUUCUAUUCUAUUCUAUACAGUGUUACCCUUUACGUUUCAUUUGAUAAAAACAACAGUGUUACCCCUUAUGUUUUUUUCAUGACGACCAAUAAAAAACAACAGUGUUACCCCUUGUGUUUUUUUUCAUGACGGCCGAUAAAAAACGAGUGUUACCCCUUAUGUUUUUUUUCAUUACGACCGAUAAAAAACAACAGUGUCACCCCUCAUGUUUCAUUUGAUAAAAACGACAGUGUUACCCCCUAUGUUUUAUUCGAUACAUUUUGACAGUGUUACCCCUUAUGGAUUUUUCAUGACGACAGAUAAAAAACGACAGUGUUACCCUUUACGUUUCAUUUGAUAAAAACAACAGUGUUACCCCUUAUGUUUUUUUUUCAUGACGACCGAUAAAAAACGACAGUGUUACCCCUUAUGUUUUUUUCAUGACGACCGAUAAAAAACGACAGUGUUACCCCUUAGGUUUUUUUCAUGACGACCGAUAAAAAACAACAGCAUUACCCCUUAUUUUUUUUUUCAUGACGACCAAUAAAAAACGACAGUGAUACCCCUUAUGUUUUUUUUCAUGACGACCGAUAAAAAACGACAGUGUCACCCUUUGUUUUAUUCGAUACAUUUUGACAGUGUUACCCCUUAUGGAUUUUUCAUGACGACAGAUAAAAAACGACAGUGUUACCCUUUACGUUUCAUUUGAUAAAAACAACAGUGUUACCCCUUAUGUAUUUUUUCCCAUGAUGACUGAUGAAAAACAACAGUGUUACCCCUUAUAUUUUAUUUGACAAGGACAAUUAUUUAUUUAUUUUCAAAUAUGUUUUUUUUCAUGACGACCAAUAAAAUAUGACAGUGUUACCCCUUAUAUUUUAUUUGACAAAGACGACAGUGUGACCCCUUAUUUUUUUUUCAUGACGACCGAUAAAAAACGACAGUGUUACCCCUUAUGUUUUUUUCAUGACGACCGAUAAAAAACGACAGUGUUACCCCUUAUGUUUUUUUCAUGACGACCGAUAAAAAACAACAGCGUUACCCCUUAUUUUUUUUUUCAUGACGACCAAUAAAAAACGACAGUGAUACCCCUUAUGUUUUUUUUCAUGACGACCGAUAAAAAACGACAGUGUCACCCUUUGUUUUAUUCGAUACAUUUUGACAGUGUUACCCCUUAUGGAUUUUUCAUGACGACAGAUAAAAAACGACAGUGUUACCCUUUACGUUUCAUUUGAUAAAAACAACAGUGUUACCCCUUAUGUAUUUUUUUCCCAUGAUGACUGAUGAAAAACAACAGUGUUACCCCUUAUAUUUUAUUUGACAAGGACAAUUAUUUAUUUAUUUUCAAAUAUGUUUUUUUUCAUGACGACCAAUAAAAUAUGACAGUGUUACCCCUUAUAUUUUAUUUGACAAAGACGACAGUGUGAGCCCUUAUUUUUUUUUCAUGACGACCGAUAAAAACACGACAGUGUUACCCCUUAUGUUUUUUUCAUGACGACCGAUAAAAAACGACACUGUUACCCCUUAUGUUUUUUUCAUGACGACCGAUAAAAAACAACAGCGUUACCCCUUAUUUAUUUUUUCAUGACCACCGAUAAAAAACGACAGUGUUACCCCUUAUGUUUUUUUUCAUGACGACCGAUAAAAAACGACAGUGAAACCCCUUCAGUUUUUUUUUCAUGACGACCAAUAAAAAACAACAGUGUCACCCCUCAUGUUUCAUUUGAUAAAAACUACAGUGUUACCCCUUAUGUUUUUUUCAUGAUGACCGAUAAAAAACGACAGUGUUACCCCUUAUAUUUUAUUUGGCAAAGACAACAGUGUGAACCCUUUU